GCCGGAUCCGAGCGAUAUCUGCCGCAUCCAAUCCCGCUCGGCCAAAUUUGAAUGCCCCCUGCUUCCUAGAGCUAGAGGGCGUGAUACCAGACGGCGGCGAGCCUGCUCUCUUCCCCUGACCUCGAAUCCUCGGUGGAAGGCCGGCCCAGCGGCCGGCAGAGGUGGGGCGGCGGUUGGCGGUUCCGUGAGUCGCCGUCGGAGGAAGGAGGUGAGUCGCCGGCGGAGGAAGGAGGCGGGGUCGGGUGGCGGGCAGCGGAGGAACCGCAGCUGCAGGCGGGCGGGCGGGCGGGGCCUCCUCCCGCCACCCCCUCAUUCUCCACGGUCCGUCCGCCGCUCCUCACGGCCGGCCGUGCCACGCUCUCGGUCCCGCCGCGGACCGCGAUCUGGGGAUCCUUUUCUGGCCAUUUGGAGAAGGGUCAGGACGGCGGGGGUUCCGACCCACGCCUCCACCUUCUCCUGUCCCGACCGCCACUCCAGGAUGGCGGUGGUGCCGGCGGAACUCAGCAACAUCACCAUCGACAAUCUCCCCGCCGAGUUGCUCAGAGAGGUCAUGCUUCGCGUCCCGACGCCGGCCGCCCUCGUGCACGCCGCGGCCGUCUCGAAGCGGUGGCGCGGCAUCAUAACCAACCGCACAGGGAGGUUUCUCGACGACUACCGCGAGCACCACCAAUCCUCGCCCUUGCUUGGCCUCUACAUCCCGCGCGAAUUCGGCGGCCUCCCCUCUUUCCAGAAGGCGGAUUCAAUCCAGUCUGCCGGUGACCGCGACCUCGACCUCCAGCGCCCCGCAACCAAGGCCUUCAACCUCGGCGGCCUUGAGAGUCAUCCGGAGUGGCGCCUCCUUGACUGCUACAACGGCCGCCUCCUCCUCGCCAGAGGCCACGAUUCCCUGGAGGUGUACAACCCGUUAUCCUGCGAACGCAUCAAGGUGCGCCUUCCUCAGGAUGGUAUCCUCCCGAGUUACUUUUCCGCGUGCUUGCUACAAGGUCAUGACGACGACGCGGCGUCGUUCAGAGUGGUCUCCGUGCAGCACGAUCGCCGUCGUCGCGACAGGAUUGUUCGUGCUGUCGAGUACGACUCUUGUAAGAAGAGUUGGAAAGAUCACCCUUGGGACUGGGAGACCCUGAAGAACAUUGAGGGGACUCAGCAGGGCGAAAUGAUGCACGCCGGCAACUUCAUCUUUUGCAAAUAUACUGGAACAUUCUUGCUCUUGCUGGACACGAGGCAGAUGCAAUUUUCCGCCCUUCCCCUCCCAACCGACAACAAUUGGAAACACUAUGCUAUAGGAGAGAUGGAGGACGGCGUAUGCUGUCUUGCAUCAGUUGACUCGGCUGGGAUAUGGAACAAAAAGCAUCUGAGAGUGUGGAAGUUGGAGAAACUGAAAUGGACAAUGGAGAAGGAAAUGGAUAUGGAGCAGGUGCUUGGCAAGCAUGCCCAUGGCAGGUUUUUGUUCUAUAAAGUUCAUGCAGUAACCAAUGGCAUAGCUCUUUUGUGCUCAAGCAUGCAUCAACUUCAUUUUGUUGUUGACCUGAAGACCUUCUUUGUGAAGGACAAGUUUGAGUUCAAGGAUCGUGCUUUUCCUAUGCAAAUGCCAUGGCCGCCAGCCUUUUCAGUGGCUACAGUUAGUGCUGAGCAAUCUGCCCCUUACACAUGUGUUCAAGAAGCCAUUACAGCGGCACCAACACUAGUUAGAGCAGAAGAAUGCUUUGACAAGGAAGAUAAUAUUCCGAAUGAUCAUGAUCUAGAAGCUCAGCAGAUUCCUGUCCAGGAUUCGAGUCUGUGUGUUAUGUGGGGCAAGACGUAUUCUAGGAGGAGAAAGAGGCCGCAGGAAAAUAAGACCCUCUCCCUCUGUCAUCAGCUACCAGCCGGGCUCCCCCCUCCAGCCACUACACUGUGCGAUGAAGAUUCUGGUUUGAUUCAUACUGAAGCCGAGGCCCAGUCCAAUGAGUACCUGUCGGGCAAUGCCGCACGAGCCCUAAGGGAACCCCAGAGAAGAAGCAACCGCAAGCCCAAGCCCAACCCAAGAGUAAAAGGUCCAGAUUGGACAGUAGGCAGAACUCGCCGAGGUCAAGCAAUGCCGCACGAGCCCAAAGGGAACCCCAGAGAAGAAGCAACGGCGUGGCCAAGCCCAACCCAACCCAAGAGUAAAAGGUCCAGAUUGGACAGUAGGCAGAACUAGGUAGGAUAUGGCAAUCGUACAGCAUCAGAUGUUGGUGCUGAGGAGAGGGAGGGGUCAGCCAUUUGGCUGCUGAAGGUCCCCUCCAAGAUCAGAGUGUUCCAAUGGCGACUGGAGAGGCACUCAAUCCCAACAGCGGACGUGCUCCAUCGGCAACACAUUGACAGAACAUGCUGCAUGUAUAAGUUGCGGCGAAUCGGACUCUUGGAAACACUCAUUGCUGGAAUGCAGGAUGGCCAAGUGCGUGUGGGCCUCCGCAAAGGAGGAGGUCGUAGAACAACAUUUGGCAAAGGAGGAGGUCGUAGAACAUAUUUGCAAUAUCCAUGAGCAGAAUGCAAAGGCAUGGCUGUCAGCAGUCGUAUCCUCUCUGUCAAAAGAGGAGUCAAGAAGAACGAUGGUGACUUUGAGGGCGCUGUGGCACGCAAAGAGGAAAGCUGUCUAUGAAAACAUCUUCCAAGAGCCCAUUAUCGACACACAGUUUCGUCGAAAGAUAUAUUGCUGAUCUGGACCUUUCAAACCCACAACCAGAGGCAAGGAUGAGACCCGCAACCAGUGUACCACGGUGGUUUCCUCCUCCAAGUGGGGUAUCAAAUAUUAAUAUUGAUUCUGCUUUAUCAGAAAAGUCAAGACGGGCCUCAA